UCAAACACUGAAUACGGGAAAUCGCACUGAUUAGCUCCAAUGUCAACACACUGAUCGUACUUGUUGAACCCAAAAUAUAAAAUAAUAUUUAGCCAGUAGCGAUCAACAUUGGCCGUCGGACAGGUAUCAAAGGAUGGCUGCAGAGCCUGGCCGUGUACUGAAACCUGUCAACAGUUCUAGUGGUCCAGAUCUUGCUACGGCAGUCAAACCAGGCACUGGCAGGGUGCAGGAGAAAACUCCAACCUCCACAGAUUCAGCUAGGUAUCAAAGGAUGGCUGCAGAGCCUGGCCGUGUACUGAAACCUGUCAACAGUUCUAGUGGUCCAGAUCUCACUGCAGCAGUCAAACCAGGCACUGGCAGGGUGCAGGCCAAAGAGAAAACUCAUAUGUCUUCAGAAGCAACAAGAAAAAAAUGGACGUUGGAAGACUUUGAUAUAGGGAGGCCGUUGGGUAAAGGAAAGUUUGGGAAUGUGUAUCUGGCUAGAGAGAAAUCCACCAAAUAUGUUGUUGCUCUUAAGGUUCUGUUUAAAUCACAGUUACAGAAAGCCGGUGUUGAGCACCAGCUUCGACGGGAGAUAGAAAUACAGUCCCAUCUGAGACAUCCUAAUAUCCUGCGCUUGUUUGGAUAUUUCCACGACAAAUCACGGGUCUACCUCAUUCUGGAAUAUGCUCCAAAGGGAGAACUUUACAAGGAGUUGAUGAAAAAUAAAAGAUUUGAUGAGAAUCGAACUGUCACUUACAUCAACCAGUUGGCCAGUGCCCUGCUGUACUGCCACAGUAAAAAGGUCAUCCACAGGGACAUCAAACCUGAGAACCUCCUCCUAGGACACACAGGAGACCUCAAAAUUGCCGACUUUGGCUGGUCAGUUCAUGCUCCCUCGUCCAGGAGAACCACACUAUGCGGAACCUUAGAUUACCUACCUCCAGAAAUGAUUGAGGGCAAACUUCACGAUGAGAAGGUGGAUCUGUGGAGUUUGGGCGUGCUAUGUUACGAGUUCCUUGUGGGGAAACCUCCAUUCGAGGCAGAGACCAACACAGACACAUAUAGACGGAUAACAAAAGUGGAUCUUCAGUUCCCUCCAUAUGUGUCUGAGCCUGGUAGAAAUCUUAUAUCAAAUUUGCUGAGACAUGACCCGAAUCAGCGGAUAUCCCUGGACAAAGUACUAGAACACCCGUGGAUCAAAGACAAUCUAAGUCCUAUAACAUCGUAGACCAUAGUUCUGUGUAAAAGCACUUUUGUGAUCGUCUGGACUCCAUGACUGUAUUCUCAGCAUGGGCAUCCAGAUACCAUGUCUUUGUUCUCAAAAACUGGAGAUUGAGUGAAAAAAAAUCAUUACAGUGGUUGAUGCUCCUACUCUACCUCGUUUGUCGGUCAAACUGAUAUCAUGGACUUUUGUGGGCGAGAGGAUAUACUUAGUAUCAUGGUGAUGUCGCCGCUUAACUACACGAAGAUCCAUGCUCGAGAUAUUCCAGGCUGUGGAACUCACCUUUCCACUCUCCGUCAAAGUUAUUGAUCUCUACUCAGCAGAAGUGUUUGGUUUUUCUGAGGGCAUUACAGGGACGACUCAUUUCUGGUCCUGAUGUAUUAAUACAUGUAAUGUGUUAAUCAUCAUACUCAAAUGCUGAAGUGUAUUGACAUUCCGUGUGUGUGGUAACUAUCUCCAGUGAUAAGAUUGUCUCACUUUACCUUGUACCAGUCAAUAUUCUUGGUCACUGAAUUGAUUUUAAACAGAUAGUGUUACACAGACAAACGUCCAAUAUGAUUUUACCUACUUGAUAUUUUCCAGUGUCAAAUGAAACUCUUUUUUCAGAGCGAAAUACAUUUUUUAGUCAUCAAAGAUUAUUAUUUUUUCUUUAAAAUAUUUUGUAGACAUACAUUAAGUAUGAAGACAGCACGAUUUCUACACCAAUAAGUGUUGAAAGGUGUUUAGAUAAAUUAACAGCUGGCCCAAAUCUUGUAAAGGCAAUUGGCGCCAAUAUUGAAAAUAUUAUUGUAUUGGGCUUAUUCUGCAUAAUAUGCAAAUUCUUUAGGAAAAUUAAAAACUAUAAAAAAAAAAAUGAAAAAUAGUUUUACUGAUUUCAAAAAUGAUUGGAUUUCAGUGAAGAGGUCAGAGACAAAAUGUUAAUAGAUUGUUCCUACUCAAUGCUGUAUUAAAUAUAUAAUUUUACAAAACGCUGAAUGAUUUUGAAAUAAGGAAUAAUUCCUUAUCUCAAAAUCAUCUAGUACUUUGUAAAAUUCUGAAUUUGUUUCUUACUAUCAGAUCUUGAAAGAGAAUGUGAUAUUCUGAGUGUGUGUGAUUUUGAAGUGUAUUGAAUGUUUGAUUGGGAUAGUGAAAAUCACAUUAUUUAUUUGGUAUGCCCUAUAGAUUGAGAACAGGAUAUAAAUGGUUUUCUGGUGUGACUGUUGUGUGAUCUUUUAUUAAGUGUAGUGCUAAUUUUUUUUUUGAUCUUUUGUUGAUAUUUUAAGGCUAGUUUAAGGCUAAAUAAAUGAAUUACUUGGUUCUGGGGUCAAUUUUCCAUCCCGUCCUGUCCCUUCUCAAUACAAUGUAACUACCGUAAAUAUUCGCAUAUAGUGCACACUUUUUUUCAAAAUUUGACAAGUGAAAACAUCCACUGUGCACUAUAUGCAGGUACAAGCCUUUGCUAGUCAGAUGCAUGGAUGUCAUGAAUGUAAUGCGAGAUUUGUAAUCGUUUCCCUCAACAGUAGGAUUGUGAUUUAAUACUUAUAUAUAUAAAGCAUGUAGUAAGUAAAUAUUGAACAAAUAAUCAAAGAAAUAAAUGGUUAUUUAGAUGUUUAAUUCCCUUGAAAUUGUAUAUCUAUCAGCAAUUAGGCUAUGUGGAUUUAUGUUAGUUGAUCGUGAGCCGCACCGCACACAUGUAAUCUCACUUGAGCAAGUUACCGUAUUCAGGUCCAAAACGAUGUAUAAUGACUCGAUUAAUAUCAAACAAAACUUGAAAUAUUUACAGUAGCUAAUUGGAAAUAUUUACAGUAGCUAAUUGCAGAAACUGCUGAUGUGAUCCUCACCAAACUGUUUUAGGGUGUCAAGUGGCAGUGGGGGCAUUUAUGUCUUACGGACAUUUUCUUGUUUUUAUUUUUCAAACCAAUUAUUCAUUGUUAUGCCCUUGCCAUGAAAUUAGGGAACAUAUAGUGUUACCCAUCUCCGUCCCAUCCUCUCGCGUUCCCGAUGCAAUGUAACUAGCUAAUCUCAGAAACUGCUGAGGUUUCGAGGUGUCAAGUGGCAGCGUGGGCAUUUAUGUCUUACAGACAUUUUCUAGACAUAUGAACUGCUUCAAAAUAUGGGAAACAAUAAUUUGUCAUGGUUCUUUGUUUCACAUUAAUGAACAGGUGCUCUAAUUUCUUGGUUAAAUAUAAUGGAUAUUACAGGAGAGAGGUUUGUUGGUCAUGCUUUUCUCCACACAUUCUUCUAAUAAUGAGGGAGAUUAUUUUUUAUCCAAUCGGGAAACUAUUGAUAUGAGGGGAUUUUAUUUUUGCUUCAAAGCAGAUGAAGGAGGGCCUGAGAACCCAGUAAUUAAUUUGUCUGGCCUAAGCAUUGGUUCCUUCCAUCUCUAAUUCAUGUAGUUAUGUUCUAUUACUGACAAGAUUAAAGGAAAACUGUUAAAGGAUGAGCUUGUCAAUUUUAAAUGAAAUGCAUACAAAAUCAAUGUCUCUUUUUUCGAAUUAACAAGAAAAUAUGUAUUUGAUAUAUAAAAUAUUUGUUGUAGGAUUUUUUUUCGUAGACUGUCAAAAGAUGAGCCUCACCAUAUCUGUUGUCUUCACUGCAAUGUCACAACCUUGUGCUGUUUGUUUUAUUUGGAUGUAAGGUUGAGAGUUAUGAAAAUUUUACACAGAUUUACUUGAUGCAUAAUAGGGUAAUUAAUGGAUAGAUAUAUAGAUAUUUACAAUUUGAUAUUAAUGAAAUGUCAGAUAUUAUCACUGAUGACGUCUUUCUGAUGAAGAUCUACAUGUAUAAGUAUCUUAGCAUCAGCAUUUUCAGUAAUCAUCAGUUUAGAAUAACGCAUUCUUAUUUACAGAUAUUUUGUUGAGAUUCAGAUUAAUGAAGAACAGUGAAGUGAUUAUUAGAAUAUAUCUUUGCUACCUAGAUUGUUUGUAAUCAAACUGUAAGUUACAGAAUUGAACUGAUCAUAUUUUUGGAAUCAAUUUAAACCAAGUAACAAAAUAUUAGACAGUUGAAUCAAUUAAAAAAGCUGUCGGGUGUAACAUUAGAAUAUGACAUCAAAGAUUAACAGAAUCUUAACGAGAGUUUUGAAAUCCCCCAUCUCAAUUCCAAGGGUGUAAAUGAUUAUUUUUCUCUUACCCUGUUUUGGCACAAGUCACACUGACCAACUCUUUUUACCUUAAAUACCAUAUUUAUCCUAAAAUUAACCCCUUCCUGGCCUAGUGUAAAAGUUAGGUACUAUAUUUAUCCUCAAAUAGUUUAGUACCAUAUUUAUCCUCAAAUGAGCCCCCUCACCUAGUGUAAUAGCUUGGCAUUAAAGUUUGGAGAGGGAUAAAUUAUUAUUUGUGAACCUUCUUGGAUUACUAUUUUAAAAUUGAUCAUUCUGAAAUAAUGAAGAAAGGGGCAUACGUUUGGCUUUGUAGUUUUUUCAAAAGAUUGACUGAGCAUUCUAUUUUGCAAUUACACAUUCCAGUGAUGCAGGUAGCAAAAAUGAACAUAACUUCAGGAGUAUCAAGCUUUAAGGCUGGUUGAUAUGUAAUAAUAAAUAAUUCAAUUAUUAACAAUAGGCAUGUAUACAUUACCUCUCACAUGAUUUUAAUAAAUGAAUUCAAUAGAACUCUUUUUGGAAGGAAGUACAGUUUGGUUAGGUAGCAUAUUAUAUAUCAUUAAAAACAAUUUUGAUUGACAGACUCUAAUUGUUUUGACACAGAAGAUGGAAAUAGAUUUUUGUAUGUUUGUUUAAUUUGCUGACUCUUGAAUCCUUGAUGCUGUUCUCUAUUCUUAAUUCUGUAUGCAAGUAACAAAGUGUGACUGAUCUAUGAGAAUACAUGACAUGCUUCUCUGAGUGAACUGUUGUAAAUGUAUGGAAAUAGAAAUGGUUGAGUAAUUGUGGAAGUAAGACAGAUGUAGUUUUGAUACAAAAUGUAUAUUUCUACCAUAUGUAAAUAAAUAGUAUUAUUAUCAA